GUGGCUUCAAGAUUAAGAGCUUGGUCUCAACACCGUCUCUGGAGAAGCAAAGCAAAUAUGGGGAAAGGAGGAAUGUCACUGGGAGAAAUGAAGGAUGGAGAAGAGGUGAACAUGGCUGCUUGGCUUAUGAGUCUCAACACCCUCAAGAUUCAACCUUUCAACCUCCCUCCUCUGGGACCGUAUGAUGUCAGAGUUAGAAUGAAAGCUGUUGGCAUAUGUGGAAGUGAUGUUCACUAUCUCAAGACCAUGAGAUGUGCAGAUUUUGUUGUGAAAGAGCCUAUGGUGAUUGGUCAUGAGUGUGCUGGGAUCAUAGAGGAGGUGGGAAGUGAAGUGAAGACUUUAGUGCCCGGUGAUCGUGUGGCCCUGGAACCAGGGAUCAGCUGCUGGCGAUGCAAUUUGUGCAAAGAAGGUCGAUACAAUCUAUGUCCUGAGAUGAAGUUCUUUGCAACUCCACCGGUUCAUGGUUCUCUUGCCAACCAGGUGGUGCAUCCUGCAGACUUAUGUUUUAAACUGCCUGAAAAUGUGAGUUUGGAGGAAGGGGCUAUGUGUGAGCCCUUAAGUGUUGGUGUCCAUGCUUGCCGCCGAGCUAAUAUUGGUCCAGAGACAAAUGUAUUGAUCAUGGGAGCAGGGCCCAUAGGGCUUGUCACGCUGCUAGCAGCUCGUGCUUUUGGAGCUCCAAGAAUUGUCAUUGUGGACGUGGAUAACUAUCGUUUAUCUGUUGCCAAGGAUCUUGGUGCAGAUGAUAUUGUCAAAGUUUCAAUAAAUUUGCAGGAUGUAGCUGAAGAAGUGGCACAGAUACAUAAAGCUAUGGGGAGAGUGGAUGUGAGCUUUGAUUGUGCAGGCUUUAACAAAACCAUGUCAACAGCUUUGAGUGCCACUCAUGCGGGCGGCAAAGUGUGCCUCGUGGGGAUGGGCCAUCUUGAGAUGACCGUUCCACUAACUCCAGCAGCUGCAAGGGAGGUCGACGUGAUCGGGAUCUUUCGAUACAAGAAUACAUGGCCACUGUGUUUGGAGUUCAUAAGAAGUGGUAAAAUCGACGUUAAGCCACUGAUAACACAUAGGUUUGGGUUCUCUCAGAAGGAGGUGGAAGAAGCCUUUGAAACUAGUGCCCGUGGUGGUACUGCCAUUAAGGUCAUGUUUAAUCUGUAAAUACUGAUAUGGCUUAGAGGCCUCAGAGAAGUUCAGUUGCUUUUAUGGGAACACUAGAGCCAAAUAUAGAAUAAACUGGGCUCAUAUCUUUGUUGCUUUCUGUUAUAAGAUAAGCUUUGGAAGUUCUGUAAUUUUCUUGUUUC